UAACGCCGCGGUCAGUUGCCGACAGUCCGUCGCGUCAAAAGGACGUGUGUUACAGAGCAAUCAAAAGAGAACUGCUUCCGUUUUAUUGUGGACGUCAAAUAACUAAAGAAAGUUGUGAACAUCGGCCAUAUUUAUGGUAAUCUCAUCCCGCAGAAAAGAUCAUCGUCACCCGUGAAAUAUGAAUAUAUUAUGGUAUGGCCUCGCAAUCCUGGUUUUACUUGAAAAAGGCGUAUACGGACAUGGAAGGCUGAUAGAACCACCGUCACGGGCGUCAGCGUGGCGCUAUGGGUUUGACACUCCACACAACUACAACGACCACGAGUUAUAUUGUGGUGGUUUCACAAGACAAUGGAACAAGAAUGGAGGCAAAUGUGGUGUAUGUGGGGAUGCCUGGGACUCGCCUAAGCCUCGGGCCCACGAGCUCGGCGGCAGAUUUGGGCAAGGCGUGAUAGUGAGAAAAUACGCACCAAAAGAUGUAAUCGUCAUCAAAGUCGAACUUACAGCUAGCCACAACGGUUUCUUUGAAUUCAGAGUAUGCGACAAACUCAAAGACACUGAUCAGGAAUGCAUGGACAAACACGUCCUGAACUUGGAAGGAAAGAGUGACACCAGAUACUAUCCUCGUGAAGGUAACAAGAUUUAUGAAAUGAAAUAUCAGCUUCCGGAGGGUCUGGAAUGUACUCAUUGCGUACUACAGUGGAAGUAUAUUGCUGGUAAUAACUGGGGAACGUGUGCAAAUGGUACUGGGGCUGUUGGUUGUGGACCGCAGGAAGAGUUUCGAGCGUGCGCCGAUAUAGCCAUAGGUGAUCGCUUUACCACCACCACCAGGAGGCCGAGACCGACAUAUGUCCCACCGAACAGGACUCCGAAGGUCCCGACUCCUGAACAAUCAGAAUCUUCUGGAAGCGCUUGGUUCGGAGUUAUUAUCGCAAUCAUCACACUGUUCAUCGCUAUUGCGGUAUUGGCCGGAAUAUACUUGUACUAUUACAGAGGUGGCAUGAGGAUCAAGAACCUUUUGAAAUCCAAAGGGGCUCCUCCAGCGCCUGUUCCACCUCCGAGACAUAAAAGAUCUUCUCUGUCUAGAGAAAACCCACCAGAAAUCUCAUCCCCGAAAGGAAUCUCCGAGUCCGGAUUCGAAACAGUAGACUUAAGGUCAAAAUAAUGAAAUACUUCGAUAUUGUAACUGACACUGCCCUUUUUAGUCUUAGGUACUUGGAUGUACAUUUGUGUGUGAUUGUUGAAAAUAUUGAGACAGCGACGAAAAUAUAUAUUUUAUGUAUUUCAAAAUAUUUCUUUCGUAAAAAGGAAAUAUAAGUCGGCAGCGGAAACGAAAAUGAUUUUGCGAAAGAAAACUCUGUUGACUAUUAUUAAGAAAAACGCAGAUUAUGAAGAAAAUGUAAAUAAAAACAUUAAAAUUCCAAUUUUUGUUCUGUAUUAAAGUUAUGUUAACGAUUUUGAAAGUAUAGAUUGGCUAAAUAAUUUGUCUUUCAAACAGAACUUAUUUAGAUUAGUCACCAGUGUAUACAUAAAAAUAAAAUAAUAAUAUGUAUGAAGCUGUCCAUCGAAACGACCAUUGUAAAUUAUAAUUUAU